AUGAACAGAAAUCAGGCCGCAUUGUUCACCGUGACGGCGGUGGCUGCGACGGUGGUUGCGGUGAGGUGGUGGCUGCGGAGGAAGGAGAGGCGGCUGAAGCAGUCGGAGAGGAUCCUUCGGAAGUUUGCGCGGGAAUGCGCCACGCCGGCGGCGAAGCUGUGGGAUGUUGCCGACGCAUUGGUCGCCGACAUGAACGCAUCUCUUUCCGGCGACAAAUCCCCUGCCAGUUCCCUCGACAUGAUCGUCUCCUUCGCCGCUCCCUUGCCCUCAGGGGAGGAGAAGGGACUGUACUAUGGAAUUAAUCUACGAGGCAAAGAUUUCAUGAUGUUACGCGCGAGGUUACGAGGAAAGGACGAACCCAUCUCCGAUGUCCAGAAACAGGAGAUCUCGAUCCCAGAUGAUGUUUUACACAGUUCAUCUUCCGAGGAGCUCUGCGACUUCAUUUCCAUGGAGUUAGUGAAAUUUGUCGGGAUGAAUCCCCCAGACGAUGAUGAAGAUGAAGACGAAGAAGAAAAGAAACUAGGGUUUACGUUAUCGCAUUCAGUUGAGCAAGAGGAUUCAGCUUCAUGCUCAGUCAUACAGAGGAAGAGCUUAGCGUUUGACCAGGUUGAGAAGGAGUUCGUGAAAGAAAUGAACGAAGCGUUGAAGAAACGAGGUCUAAAAAUGCAGAUCCACGCGUUGGCGGAUAAUGUGGUCGGAGACUUGGCCGGAGGAAGAUAUUACAGCAGUGACACUGUCGCCGCCAUCACAUUAGGGAUGGGAACAAAUGCCGCUUAUGUUCAGCAAGCUCGGGAGAUCACGAGAUGGAACUGUUCGGUACCAGAGUCUGGCGAGAUCGUUAUCAGUACAGAGUGGGGGGAUUUCAGUUCAACCCAUCUUCCUCUUACCGAAUUCGACGCCUCUCUCGACGCUGAAAGCUUGAAUCCGGGACGCAGAAGGUUCGAGAAGAUGGUGUCCGGAGGAUAUUUAGGGGAAGUGGUGAGAAGAGUGCUUCUAAGAAUGGCUGAGGAAUCUGCUCUUUUCGGAGAAUUAGUACCUUCUAAACUCAGAGUUCCUUACGUUUUAAGGUCGCCCGAUAUGGCCGCCAUGCAUCAGGAUACAUCAGAGGAUCGAGACACCGUGAACGAAAAGCUAAAGGACGUUUUCGGGAUCGAUGAUUCAACUCGUGAGGCGAGAGAAGUGGUGAUCGAAGUGUGUGAUGUAGUAGCCGAACGAGCAGCCCGACUGGCAGGAGCAGGACUGGUCGGGAUAAUCAAGAAGGCGGGAAGACUCGAGACGAUGAUGAGCACGGUCACCGUGGAAGGAGGAUUGUACGGCCAUUACAGAGUGUUCAGGAACUACCUUCACAGCGGCGUCUGGGAAAUGCUCGGUCGAGAGUUGUCGGAUCACGUCGUGGUCGAGCAUUCUCACGGCGGAUCCGGAGCCGGAGCUAUUUUCUUCGCCGCUUGUGGCGGCGGCGGCGGACAAGAUUCUGAAUCUUGAUUUUUUGUUUUUGUGUCUGAACCUUUUCAGCGAAACAAAUGUCGUGGAAUAUCCAAAAUUCGAA